UGGGUUAUGUUGCUAAAAAGGCUAUGAAAGAAUCAUUUAUCAACGACCCUUCAUCGAGUGUUGCAAACUAUGCUAAAUGGGUUGCUGUCCUGUCCGGUAGUAUGUAUCUGAAAGAUUUUCUGGAAACACAAAAGAUUUUGCCAAAACCGCUGUAGGCAACUUAAAGAUUUUAUAGAUUGAUUAAUAAAUGGCAAGUAUAGCGCUGAUGAUUGGUGGGGCUAUUCUUAAUGCAACAGCAUUUGUUGGAGGGAGUUACCUAGCAAGAUACUUAUCUUCUGACGCUACUCAUGUUGAUGAAGAAAAAAUAAGACACGAUAAAGCGCUUGAAAAGUAUCAACAAGCAAUGGGUGAUUGGCAGAAAAAACGACAGGAAUACCAGGAUUGGUUGGCGGAACAAUACAACAAUAAAGUUCGUGCAGAUGAGAACGAUAAAGAGACAGAUGAGGCUUUCAGAUUAUAUUCUCAAACACAUCCAGAUGCAGGAAACUUGAAAGAGCCUGAGCUCUCAGAUUACUAUAGACCAAGUAGCAACCAAAAGAUGGGAGAGAUGGCGUACGUUGGAGGUGGAAUGGUGUCUCUUGGCUAUGUAGCGAGUAAAUGGCUCUGAGCAUAUUCGGCGUAAAGAUCACUUAAAGAUUUCUUAUUUUCAAACAAAAUAAGAAAUGGAUAUUGACCCAGAGAUUCCAGAUAGAGAAAAUCCUUUCGAACCCGUUGAUCCAGGCGGCGAUGAUGAGGGUGAGUCGAUCCCCAUGGCGUCCACAUCGACUCAUGAUCCUUUCCGCCAUCAUAGUAUAGAUGAAACAUCGUUUAUACAUGAUGUUGAUGAACAUACACCAUUAAUACGUAAAGAAGAGAGGCGGGAUAACGCUUGGGAUAGAAUUCGUGAAAAAUUCCCUAAAAUGAAUCCUGCGAAAUCACCCUUUACAGCUACUCUCGACGAAUACGAACGCGUCGUCGUAAAGCUUAAAAGGAUGGGUGGGAGGGCCUAUCGAUUAUUCGAUGCAGGAGGUGAGUUGAAUGAAAAGCUCCCUCCUUCCAUCAAAAACAACCUUGGACCAUCUGCUGAAGAAAUAAUCCGCUCCAACGAAGAAGAGGUUGCAAAGAGAGAAGAAAAGUUGAGACAGUUAGAGACCAAGCGAACGGAAGUCCCUGAGGAUCAAAGAGAAGGGAUAGGAGCGCAGAUUGCGGAAACACUAAGUGAGAUCGAACAACUAGAGCGCGAGAAUGAGGUCAUAGAGGAAAGGAUGUCUCUGAAGGACCGUGUAAAGGCGAUUUUUAAGAAAUACGGAUUUACCACCAUCGCUGUGGUUACCGCUGUGGGUGUUGUUAUCGGUGUUAUUGUCUCUAAUCUGAAGAAGGGUUUGACAAGUGUCGCAAAAGGUGUUGGAAAUGGUCUGAAAACAAUAGGCAAAAAAUUAGGAGAAAUACUCCCAGGAAUGGUUGGUGCGAUAGCUAGUUUCAUAUUUAGAACGGCAGGUGAAGUUGUUGGCUUUUUAGCUAAAAACGCUUGGCUUCUCAUCGUCACCGCCGUCCUGUAUUUCGUAGAACGAUUUAAAAGGAGACGGAAAUCAUAACAAAUGGUAAUACUCUACAUCGAAGGGAACGUUGGUGACUUCACCGUCUAUUUAGAACACCCUAUCGAAAAGCCGCGGUUUAUUGCGUUGCGAGGUUGUACGUUUUAUAAUCGUUGUAAUAGUCUUUCAAGUGAGGGAACUGUUUCCGAUGGUGAAAACAUUAUCCUUAGGAUCCCUGCGGGGCAGUAUACGGUUGAAACGCUAAAACGUCAAAUAGAUGGGGGUUUGCGUCUUGGUGAAAAGCCAAUCUCUAUUGAAGACUCGUCACUCGAAGCUCAUCGAAACGUCGUGUUGAACGAGCCGCUUGCCUGCCUGUUAGGACUCAAGACCAAGGAGCUGGAAGCAAACACUCAACACGAGAUACGGAUGAAGGGUCUUGAGGCUAUUUUUAUCCACUGCGACCUUUUGAACGCGUCUAGCUCCCUCAAACAAGGAGCCCCCUCACAAAUCUUAGCAUGUAUAGAGCUUGAUAAAGGAAAGAUAAACUUUAGUCCACACAGUCCGAUACAGCUUAGUACCACAUCCACCGAUUACGUGAGUAGUCUUCGUUUUAGUAUAAAGGACGGCGAUGGAAAUACAAUAGAGAGUGGCCUCUACCCGAUACGUCUAAUUUUAGAAAUUACUUAAAGAAUAGCCUCUCUCCAUAAUAAAACUAUGGAAGAAUACAAUUCAAUCUACCCAAAUGUACCACAACGUGGUGAUAACUUCAGACUUCAAAAGACCCACGAUGUUUUGGGAAGUUUGGAACAAGAAGUUAAACAUUACGAGAACGUGAGGAAAAAGUAUAAACGAGCGCAGAGCGUGUUUUCAAAGGUAAGUGUGGGCUUAGGACCCGCAUCCGUCAUUCUUGGGUCUAGUGGUUUAGGAACUUCUCUGUCAGGUUUGGGUAUCGUCGUUGGAGUUCCGUUAGGCGCUUUGGCCGGUGUUUUCGGUCUUACGUCUGUAGGCUGUGCGGCGGUUUCUAAACGACUGUCGCGAAAAGUCUCUAAGCACGACCAAACGGCGGCGAUGGCAGGGGCAAAGGUGAAUAGCAUACGUGAUUUGGUUUCUAAAGCUUUGAAAGACAACAAAAUAUCGGAUGAAGAGUUUUCAUUGAUCUUGAACGAGGUGGAUAAGUUUGAGGCUCUAAAGCUCCAGAUCCGUCAAAAGUCGGGAAGAGAGGACGAAAAAAACGUAAACAUUACCAAGCUGAGGGAAACAGUAAGAGAAGAGAUUUUGAAAGACCUGGCGAAUCGACCCGCUCGGUAAAAUUUCUGUUCGAAAGAACCCCCGUUGGAUGGAUCUACGAAUUGAGAUAUGCAAAGAACUGAUUUAAAAAAAAUCUUAUAUGUUAAAUGAAGAACAUAUAAGAUAAAGUUUACAGAAUUUGUGAAAAGGUACCCUUACUAUUCACGCUUUAGGUUCUCUGCCGACGAGCAUGGCGAUGUGCAAUUCGUUUUCAAUGGGGACGAAUACGAUCCAUUCGACAAGAAUGGGAAUCUAGUCAAAACGUUAUAUCACUUCCCUGGUAAUAGCUGGAAACCCGAGAAUAUCCAGGAUUUUCUGGUCACCGAUGACGCACAGGCAUACAAGGAAACGAUUCAGCAACUGUUUGGAUUUCCAAAACAAUAUAGACUAGACGCGCGUGCAGAAUACAGAAUAUCGCCAUGGGACGAAAACCCUACGAAAAAUAACUACGUCUCUUUUGAUGUUUUUAUAACACCAAAGGUGAAGACACACUUUGUUUUAGGGACAUAUUCACCGACAGCGAGCUAGUAUUCAGAACAGCAAAGGAGGCUAGUAGGUGGCUCGACGCCCCGAACCUCAGUUAUUGGAGUCAAGCCUUAAAUUUUGCUAUGUUUUGCGCUACUGCUGGAUGUGGUGUGACGCGUGACAUGAUUGACGACUCUCAAGUGGGGUCGUUCUACAGAUUUCAUAUCAUUUUCACUAUCAGACGAAUAUUAAAUGAGCUACAAUGUCCUCUUCCUAAAGAUAAGCUCUUUAGUUGGAAUAAAAACUUCUACAGCGAAGCAGCUUACCAAAAACUAAGAACAGAAUUCCGAACUGGCAGCGAUUUCCGGUUCCUUGGACCGAUAAAUCAUGGGUUAGGAAAUGUUUAUAACUACGAUUAUCACGGAUUGUCAUCUUCUAAGUAUAAACCCUAUGGUACCAUUGACCAAUUACACGACGAAUGGGAUGCUGCUAAAAGCGACGACGAACACAUGAAUCACUUUGAGAUCGAGUACCUGAAAGACCCUAGAACCGAGUUUCAGUACGAGUGGUUCUUUCCAGAAAAAUCAAAGGGACUAACCAAGGCUGGGUUGUCUAGGAUAAAUCAAAGCAUAGAAGCCUUUGUUUAUUGUAUUCUAGGCGCACAAGUUCAAACUCGGUCGUCAAUCAUCGGUGAUAGCGGUUCAGCCCAAGAAACGAAACAAGUCUUUUCGAAACUCUUUGAAAGCGCAGUGAUAGAAAACGAUAUAUCAAAAAGUAUACAAAGGUAUCAGUUUGCUUUACAACAGGCAAGGCAAAAACUAGACUUGGCUUUCGCCCUCGGUUGUUGGUUGAGCCCAUCGUAUCUUGUGAUAAAUAACAACACUUCAAUCGCUGGUUAUAAUAACAAAUUACAAAAAGCCACUACUGAUAUGAAAUUGGGGCUAAAUCCAAUAAAUAACGAGAUAAAAACGA